AACAAAUCCCUGAGGCUGAUGUCGUGGCCACAGACAGGAACAUGGGAGACCACAGACUGCCUGGGAACCAGGCCCGGCGGACACUAAAGUCAACAUCUCAGGACACGACCAGCAAGUCUGUGUGGAAAGACUCUUCCAAAUAUUUCUUAAAGCACAAGAAAGAUCAGCUGAGGUUGCCCACCUCCGUGGAGGGCCAGCACCGCCUAUAUGUUAAGGAACGGCCAGAUGAUUUCAGGAAAGUCGGGACACCAAGUGAAGCGCUGACCCCACGCAGCAUGGAGGGUUCCUUUUUCCCUACGAUUUCUCGCGGAAUGCGCAGUCCGGUCGCCAACAAGAACCAGAGAAAGCUGAUUGAGGACUCAGGGCUGUAUCAACCACUUUUGCCAGUUCAGCAAACACGUAGAACCUUCUGGGACGACAUAGGCUUCCGCCAGAAUCAGAAUCUGUUGUCUCCCUGGCCUCGAGGAGAAGAGAAUUCUGCAGACAUAUUAAUCAAAAUGCUGGAAACACCGAAACCUAACCGGAUGCUGGAGAACAAGUGGUUGUAUUGGGAAGAUCACAGGGAAGCAACCAAGCAGCCCACCAACUAUGGCAAACAGUCUCAAGGAAAAUUAGAUCUGGACCCUCACAAGCUUCCGUGGUCCUGUGAAGGCAGACACAGGAGACAAGAUAUGCUUAGCUCUAUUUAUUAUAAAUACAUAUACAAAGGAGGGGAUGACAUCUGUGACUGUGCUGAACCUUGGCGAGAGCCCAUUCAACAAAUUGACACGGGCUAUAAAAACCAACCAAGCUAUGAAGAGUCACCUGUCAAGAAAACUGAUCUGCCUACAUUUGAUAUCAGGUAUGGCAAGAAAACGAGUAAAGUGAAGGACACCAGAUUCUCCAAACAAGACUCCAACUUUGUUAUAAAACUCCAAAACCCACAAGAUCCUCAUAAAACCAGCAAGGAGACUAGGUAUGAAUCACCAUACUUGAGAAAUAACCAGUUUGAAAUACUAGAAAAUGAAGACCUUAUAACAGAUUCCAAUGAACUUGAACUUCAAGUUGAAAACCUUGGUAAUUCAGAAAAUGCUAAAGAAGCUUAUGAUCCAACUGACUGGAAAUACUUCAUAAGCAAGGAGGACACUGCACUCAGCAGCCUUGAGCUGCUGUAUAUGAAGGGAUGGGGUAAUGAAAGGUCUACUCCUACAUCAGAAAUGUUUAAAAAUUAUUAUUGGAUCAUGGAUACAGAUAAUGAUGAUGACGACGACGAUGAUGAUGAGGAAGAACAUAAAGAAGAGGAAAAAGUGAAGGAAAAGAAAGAAAAUAACUAGAUGACUUUCUAAUUAGGACUUAUUUGGCUAUAUCUAGUGACCAUUUACACAUCAAUCAAAUUAUACAUCAUGAAAUAAUUUUCAUUGAGCAUCUGCCUUAACAUCUGCCAUAACACGAAUAUGUUAGAUACUUUAUCAACUAUGGGAUAAACAUUCACAUGUACUUUUUCCACAUUUUUUGUAGCAUUGGAGAUAUUACAUCAUUACAUGAAUCAUUUAUAAGAAUGCAUAAAUUAGUUUAAAGAAGAUCCAGUGAUGACACUAAUUAUGUGAGAAGAAUCUCAAAACACACAAUUGCACAGAAGAAAAUGAAACUUCUACAGCUAUCUGUGGAUUAAAAUGUAAUGAAAUAACUAGCAAUUAUUCUGUCAACCAAAACUUGAAAUUGAUAGCCAAAUAAACGUGAAUUCAUCUUCUGUGAUAGUAAUGUUACUAAUAAUUUUAGUUUCAAAUUCA